AUGCAGGCGAGGCCGCUUGUGCAGCAGAUGCUUCGGGCAUUCAUGGCGCAGCACGCCGCGACUCCCGGGCAGCCUGCGUGCCUGACACUGGAAUAUCUGAGGACUCUAGAGCUGGAGGACGCAAAAGCCUGGCAAAACUUCACGGCGGCCAGAACAGCCAGUGGAGUCAUUCACAGCAGGCUGCACACCAGCGCGACCAGGACAAGCACCUUUGUCACCGUCCGGCAGAUGGAGCAGCCGAAGAAGGAGGGCAUAUUCGUGGCGCGCACACAGGCCGUACAGCGGGAGCGUGUUGCGCUGGACUUGCAUAGCCUGAGCGCGGCGCGGGUCACUGCCAAGGUGGGCAACGGCAGACUCUUUGGCGUUCCGCACUACAGCCAGUCCAGGCCUUUUAAGGGCGCAUCUGCGCAGCCCUGCAUUGCCACCGUCCUUCCUGUCAGGUAA